AUGCAAUUGGAAUCACUGAUUUACUUCUUAUUGCGAAUAACGCAACUCGAUCGGCUUGAACUCCUACAAGUUGCGGCGAAUCUUCCUAUGCAGCGAUUCGAUGAGUUUUAUACUACUCGCGAUCAGGGAUUGGGUUUGUUAGCUACAGCAUUACAG